UUUUAAAAUUUUGCAUUUGACUUAAAGUGCCAUGAGAAAAUUUGCAUAUUGCAAGGUGGUCCUAGCCACCUCCUUGAUUUGGGUACUCUUGGAUAUGUUCCUGCUGCUUUACUUCAGUGAAUGCAACAAAUGUGAUGAAAAAAAAGAGAGAGGACUUCCUGCUGGGGAUGUUCUAGAGCCAGUACAAAAGCCUCAUGAAGGUCCUGGAGAAAUGGGGAAACCAGUCGUCAUUCCUAAAGAGGAUCAAGAAAAGAUGAAAGAGAUGUUUAAAAUCAAUCAGUUCAAUUUAAUGGCAAGUGAGAUGAUUGCACUCAACAGAUCUUUACCAGAUGUUAGGUUAGAAGGGUGUAAAACAAAGGUGUAUCCAGAUAAUCUUCCUACAACAAGUGUGGUGAUUGUUUUCCAUAAUGAGGCUUGGAGCACACUUCUGCGAACUGUCCAUAGUGUCAUUAAUCGCUCACCAAGACACAUGCUAGAAGAAAUUGUUCUAGUAGAUGAUGCCAGUGAAAGAGACUUUUUGAAAAGACCUCUAGAGAGUUAUGUGAAAAAAUUAAAAGUACCAGUUCACGUAAUUCGAAUGGAGCAACGUUCUGGAUUGAUCAGAGCUAGGUUAAAAGGAGCUGCAGUGUCUAAAGGCCAAGUGAUCACCUUUUUAGAUGCUCACUGUGAAUGUACAGUGGGGUGGCUGGAGCCUCUCUUAGCCAGGAUCAAACAUGACAGGAAGACAGUGGUCUGUCCUAUCAUUGAUGUGAUCAGUGAUGAUACUUUUGAGUACAUGGCAGGUUCUGACAUGACCUAUGGUGGAUUCAACUGGAAGCUCAAUUUUCGCUGGUAUCCUGUUCCCCAAAGAGAAAUGGACAGAAGGAAAGGUGAUCGAACUCUUCCUGUGAGAACACCUACAAUGGCAGGAGGCCUUUUUUCAAUAGACAGAGAUUACUUUCAGGAAAUUGGAACAUAUGAUGCUGGAAUGGAUAUUUGGGGAGGAGAAAACCUAGAAAUUUCCUUUAGGAUUUGGCAGUGUGGAGGAACUUUGGAGAUUGUUACUUGCUCACAUGUUGGACAUGUGUUUCGGAAAGCUACACCCUACACGUUUCCAGGAGGCACAGGGCAGAUUAUCAAUAAAAAUAACAGACGACUUGCAGAAGUGUGGAUGGAUGAAUUCAAGAAUUUCUUCUAUAUAAUUUCUCCAGGUGUUACAAAGGUAGAUUAUGGAGAUAUAUCAUCAAGACUUGGUCUAAGACACAAACUCCAAUGCAGACCUUUCUCUUGGUACCUAGAGAAUAUUUAUCCCGAUUCUCAGAUUCCACGUCACUAUUUCUCUUUGGGAGAGAUACGAAAUGUGGAAACAAAUCAGUGUCUAGAUAACAUGGCUAGAAAAGAGAAUGAAAAAGUUGGAAUUUUUAACUGUCACGGUAUGGGAGGUAAUCAGGUUUUCUCUUACACUGCCAACAAAGAAAUUAGAACAGAUGACCUUUGCUUGGAUGUCUCCAAACUUAAUGGCCCAGUCACAAUGCUCAAAUGCCACCACCUAAAAGGCAACCAACUUUGGGAGUAUGAUCCGGUGAAAUUAACCCUGCAGCAUGUGAACAGUAAUCAGUGCCUGGAUAAAGCCACAGAAGAGGACAGCCAGGUGCCCAGCAUUAGAGACUGCAAUGGAAGCCGGUCCCAGCAGUGGCUUCUUCGAAAUGUAACCCUUCCAGAAAUAUUCUGAGACCACAUUUACAAAAAAAGAAAAAAAUAAGGAUUGACUGGGCUACCUCAGCAUACAUUUCUGCCACAUUCUUAAGUAGCAAAAAAAGGAAAAGUGCUUUCCUCCUGCAGGAUGUAAGGUUUAUCAGCCAUUAAAACUUAAACUGCUCUUUCACUAGCUGUGAACCGGCCUUCCUGUCCAAGGACGUGGAACUACGUUAGUAGCGAGAUUGUGCACACUGAUGUUUACAAGAUUAAGAGUCUUUCAUCAAGAAUCAUUGUAAAGAAUAUUCAGACUGAAACAAUCUACGCAAUGUGCUUUCCAGAGAGCUGCACCUUUUAUGGUUUGCUUGCACAUCAGUCAUUUCUGCUGAAUGUGCCGUUAUAAUGAAGAGAUGUCCAAGAUUUUUUUUCUGAUUAGAACUGGUAGCCAGUAUAUUAAAUAUUGAUAUAAAAAUAAAUGAAAAAGAACUGGAACCAGAUUCAGAAUCAUGAAAACAUUUUUACAACAAUUAAAAAAACUAUAUUAAACAGGGUUUAAAGGAAAUUAAAAC